GUGAAGCAGAUCAUGGAAGAAGCUGUCACCCGGAAAUUUGUACAUGAAGACAGCAGUCACAUCAUCGCCUUAUGUGGUGUGGUGGAAGCGUGUCUCCUGCACAUGCUGAAGCGCAGGGCUGCCGGCUUCCUGCGCACUGACAAGGUGGCCGCUCUCUUCACCAAGGUUGGCAAGACGUAUGCGGUAGCUGGGGACAUAUGCAAGAAAGUGCAGGACCUGCAGCAGCAGGUGGAGAGCAGGAAAAAUCAACCAAAUGGGCAGGAACCCCUCAAGAGGCAGGGCUCAACCACAAGCAAAACUCCUGUCCUGACACCUCAGGCCAUCAAACACAUAUGGGUUCGGACAGCACUGAUUGAGAAAGUGCUCGACAAGAUUGUGCAGUAUAUUGUUGAUAACUGCAGUAAAUACUAUGAAAAAGAAGCUUUACUGGCAGAUCCUGUCUGUGGCCCAAUACUGGCUUCUCUUCUAGUUGGACCAUGUGCUCUGGAGUACACCAAGCUGAAGACAGCAGAUCACUAUUGGACAGACCCUUCAGCAGAUGAGCUUGUUCAGCGACACCGGAUCCAUGGAGUACACGGCCGCCAAGACUCUCCUUCGAAGCGCCCAGCCCUGGGAAUCCGGAAACGACACUCAAGUGGGAGCACGUCGGAAGAUCGCUUCGCGGCUUCGGCACGAGAGUACGUGGAGUCCUUGCACCAGAAUUCCCGAACACACCUUUUGUAUGGGAAAAACAAUGUCUUAGUCCAGCCGAAAGAUGACUUGGAGGCAAUUCCUGGGUAUCUCUCCCUUCAUCAGUCAGCAGAUAGUUUGACAUUAAAAUGGACUCCAAAUCAGCUGAUGAAUGGAACCCUUGGAGAUUCAGAGCUGGAGAAAAGUGUUUACUGGGACUACGCAUUAAUGGUGCCACUCAGCCAGAUCGUCUGCAUUCACUGCCAUCAGCAACCAGAAAGCAGAUGGACAUUAGUCUUGGUGAGUCAGGAUGGAACCCAGAGACCUCCACUGCACUUCCCCCAAGGAGGUCACCUCCUCGCAUUCCUUUCCUGUCUGGAGAAUGGUCUUCUGCCUCGUGGCCAGCUGGAACCACCACUGUGGUCCCAACAGGGCAAGGGUAAAGUAUUUCCAAAGCUUCGAAAGCGGAACAGCAACAGAUCAGUGGACCUGGAGGAGACCGCAGCCGAAGACACUUGUACAGACUAUGUGUUCAGAAUUAUCUAUCCAGGACACAAGCAUGAUAACAUAACUAUUAACUACCACCACUUAGCUGCCAGCCGCUCUACCUCUGUUGACGAUGAUGAGGAGGAGGAAGAUAAGCUACACGCAAUGCUAUCAAUGAUCUGCUCUCGGAACCUCACAGCUCCUAAUAGGAUGAAAGACACCAGUGAAAUGCUGGAGAUGCAAGGCUUCGGGGCAAACCUGCUCUCCUGGCAGCUGGAACACUGCAGCCAGGGCUCCUCCUGUGUCUCCUGCUCAACGGGCAGCUCUCCCUAUGACAUACCCAGCUGCUGCAGCUGCAUCCAUGACAGAACUCCAUUAAAGAUGUUGUGUGACAGCAUGAAGAGGCAAAUAGUUUCCAGAGCCUUUUAUGGAUGGCUUGCCUACUGCCGCCACUUGUCAACGGUGCGCACACAUCUCUCUGCCCUUGUGAACCACACCAUUGUCCCACCUGACAAACCCUCCAGUGCUGCCGGAGGCCUGACGAAAGAGGUGUGGAGCAAGUAUCAGAAGGACAAGAAGAAUUACAAGGAACUGGAAUUACUGAGAAGAGUCUACUAUGGUGGAGUGCAGCACGAGAUUCGGAAGGAAGUGUGGCCGUUCUUGUUGGGUCACUAUAAAUUUGGCAUGGCCAAAAAGGAAAUGGAGCAGGUGGAUGAAGACAUUGCUCUCCGGUAUCAGAAGGUGAUGGCUGAGUGGAAAGCCUGUGAGGUCAUUGUGAAGCAGCGAGAGAAGGAAUCCCAUUGUGCCACGCUGGCAAAGUUUUCCUCAGGCAGCAGCAUUGACAGCCACGUCCAGCGGCUCAUUCACAGGGACUCCACCAUCAGCAAUGAUGUCUUUAUCUCCGUGGAUGAACCAGAGUCCGUGGAGCGGGACUCCAAGGGGCAGGAUGUUCCCUUCACCGCGGUGGCCGCGGACACGCCGAUAGAGUUAUUGGACACUGUUGCCUUAAAUUUGCACAGAAUUGAUAAAGAUGUCCAGAGGUGUGAUCGGAAUUACUGGUAUUUUACUGCUGAUAACCUGGAGAAACUCCGCAAUGUCAUGUGCAGUUACGUUUGGGAGCACCUGGAAGUUGGUUAUGUUCAAGGCAUGUGUGACCUCCUGGCUCCUUUGAUGGUUAUACUUGACAAUGAUCAGCUGGCUUACAGCUGCUUCAGCCACCUGAUGAAGAGGAUGAGCCAGAACUUCCCCAAUGGAGGUGCUAUGGACACACACUUCGCCAACAUGCGGUCCCUGAUCCAGAUUCUCGACUCGGAGCUUUUUGAACUGAUGCACCAGAAUGGAGAUUACACUCACUUUUACUUCUGCUAUCGCUGGUUCCUGCUUGACUUUAAAAGAGAAUUGUUGUACGAGGAUGUAUUUACAGUGUGGGAAGUUAUUUGGGCAGCAAAGCACAUCUCUUCAGAACAUUUUGUCCUUUUCAUUGCCUUAGCACUUGUGGAAGUUUAUCGAGAGAUUAUCCGUGAUAACAACAUGGACUUCACUGAUAUCAUCAAGUUUUUCAAUGAAAUGGCAGAGCACCACAAUGCUGAGGAAAUCCUGAGGAUAGCCAGAGACCUGGUCUACAAAGUGCAGACACUGAUCGAAAAUAAGUGA